CGUCCGUUCUCCUCUCUCCUCGUUCCCCCUCUCCUCCAAAAUCCAGAUGAACAAAAAUGGCUAGUGUGACAACUUCCACUCCCUGCUGUAUCCACUCCCAACACCCUACCAAAUCCCUAUUUUUCUUUUCUCUCCAUAGAGUUCAUUUUUCUUUUUCUUCUCAUUCUGCAACUCGAAUUUCCACACUCAUCUCCACCUCUUCCUCAACCCGAUAUCGUUUCAUCAAGGCAAACGCGGUCGUCUCCACCCGCCGAUUCAAUUGCUUCUCUUCCUGCAAGUUCUUCUCCAAUCUCUCCGCGAACACCACAAAUUACGAGUUUGCUGACAGUUCCUCUGAGGUGGAAUUGAGAUUACAACUUGGGAAGCAAGAACUUUCAACUUCCAGGGAUAUAUUUGUCGAUGCUGAUGGAACCUCUUUAACUGUUAGAAUAAAGCGCCAUGGUUCUCUGAUUACUCUUCUACAAACUAAUCAGCUUUUUGAGAAAAUAAAGCCUGCUGAAACAAUAUGGUAUUUAGAUGACGAUCAACUUGUAAUUAGCUUGAAGACAGAUCCAGACCUGAAAUGGCCCGGCAUUAUGGAGUCAUGGGAAUCCUUGACUGCAGGAUCUACACAACUUUUGAAAGGAACCUCAAUCUACAUUGUUGGGUGAUUCAACUCAAGUCAUCAGAAAGUGGCCCAAGAACUCGCUGUUGGAUAUACGCCACUUGACACAAAAGAAUUGUUGGAAUCUUUUACAAAGCAAACAAUUGAUUCAUUGGUGCUUACUGAAGGAUUGGACUCUGUAGCUCAAGCAGAAGCUUCUGUAUUAGAGAGCCUAAGUAGCCAUGUACGCGCCGUUGUUUCAACAUUAGGAGGACAGCAUGGAGCUGCCAGAAGGGUGGAUAAAUGGCAGCAUCUUUAUGCAGGAUUUACUGUCUGGAUAGCACAGACUGAUGCUACAGAUGAGAACUCUGCAAAGGAAGAAGCUAGAAGGAACAUGCAAGAUAGCAGCAUAGGUUACUCGAAUGCAGAUACAGUCAUUAAGCUCCAGGGUAGGAGUGCUGACAAUGCCAAAAGUGUGGCCCAGGCAUCCUUAAGUGCCCUCAAACAGUUAAUUCUGUCAGACAAGAACCUUGAAGGAAAGAAGAGCCUCUACAUCAGAUUGGGAUGUCGUGGUGAUUGGCCAAACAUCAAGCCUCCUGGGUGGGAUCCCUCUGCUGAAACUGCUGCUUCACCUGGUAUUUUGUAGCAAUUGUUAUCAUUCAUAGACAGUCUGAAUUAACUUCGAUUUUAUUUUUUUUUUUACUAAGGAGAGAACUAAUUUAGAAAUUGGUGAUUAUGUUCUUUCAAGUUCAAAUGUAUUCUUUGACACGCUUCUUAAACUGCACGUUACAACUUUUGUGAAAAAGAGCUUUGUUGCAAGCCAA